AUGGGAUUCUACUACUACGCGUGUGUCGUUGGCAUCUUACAAUUGCGUACACUGAUCUCCAUCGAAAAAAUGGCUCUACCCGACUCGUAUCUUCAUAAAUUCCACAGUCAUUUCGAAGCGUCAUUGAAAAACAUGCAACCUAUCAAUGUAUUCAUUUUGAAUCCAGGCGAUCUACGGGAUCCUGCACGAUUAUCCACUAUAAAACAAAUUGUAAGCGAAUUCGAGAACUCCACCUACAGCUACGGACCCGAGAGCACAGUCUUCUGGAUUCCCGCCUACGAGGAGUUCUUAAGUUUCUACGGCGAAACGGACGAAUUCACGUACGUGGAGAUGCCAACGUUUUUCAAGUCAGCAGCGUACAUCUAUCUGACGACCUUCGUGAAAUACAACGAAAGUGCAUGUUUGGAGAAUGAUCCAAAAUGCAUAACUUCAUUCUUUUUCAUGACCAACUUCCACGGGCAUAUAAAAUACCAUGAGCUGAUCCCAGCUAUGAGAGACUGGCGUCGAAUUGCGGCAAAAUAUCCUGACUAUGACGUCGUGCCCUACACAGAACAUGCACCGUUCAUCGAUCAGACGGUGGCGAUUGAUUCAACUGUAUGGGGUUCUAUGGCAGCUGCAUUGUUUUGCACAGCAGUUGCAUGCUUUAUCUUCAUACCGAACUUGACAUGUAUUAUAACGGCGUGCUUUUCCGUGCUCUCAAUCACUCUUGGAAUUCUCGGACUAUUGAGCCUUUGGGGUAAGUUACUGCAGUCUACAAUGUUCUGA